GACACUCGAUUAUAUGACUAUGAAGCAGAUUUGUACAAUCGCAAAUAAAAGUUCCCAACUGUACCGACAACUGACAGCCAAGCAAAAGUUACAAGACCAUGACUUCAAGUACUUAUCAGAGUACACCGAGUGCAGUGAGCCCAUCGCCUAUGUCUUGGACGUUCUUCAAGGUGAAGAACUAGUUUUCUACGGAGCCCUACUGCCACUGUUGCUAGCACUUCGACGGAAAAUUUUUAAAUUGCAACGCAAUCUUGGCAGUUUUGUGUACCAGCUUGAAAUCUAUUACGCGAGCAUCGAAAAAAGGUUCAGUGGAUUAUUUGAUUUCAGCAGCGAAUUUUCGCAGUUGGCUGUAAUUGCGUCUAUUGCCAAUCCCCUUUUCAAAAAAAAGUGGUUAAGUAGUGUCAAUUCUAUUGAGCACGACAAACUGAUUGGCAUUUUCAGACGGGCCGUCAUUGCUGAGAUUACAUUGACAAGAACAGCUUCAACGACUUCUGCUGAGCAGGCGAAACCACAAAAAAACCCACAUUAUUUGAAGUUUUUAGAGUUUGAAGAUGAUGACGUUUGCAAAGCUAGAAAUGAAAUUGAAGCUAUGGCUGACAUGCAAAUGUGCAACUACUUUGCAGAUUCGUCGAGGGACUUGAAAAGUCUUGAUCAGUACCCUGCUAUAAAAAAUAUAUUCUUACGAAGCAACACCCCUCUCCCAUCUUCGGCACCAGUAGAGCGACUGUUUUCAUUUGCAUCCCUCACAAACACAGCGAAAUCAAACCGUCUGACUGACAGAAACUUUGAAAUUAGGGUCGUCUUAAAAGCAAAUGUUUCAAAAUAGAUUGCUACCUACUUUAAAUAAUGGAGUCCAAUAGAAUUUAUUCCUUUUUUCAGGGUUAUUUUUGUGUUUUUAUUAGGUAAUUAAGAAGAAAAGCUUUUCAGUUGUCAUUCAUUUCCCAUUCAUAGUAGGUAGACAAGAAAUGUUCUUUUUCUCUUCACACUUCUAUAUUUAGUGUAAUCACCAACAAUAAAGUGUUUUGCUUCCAUACAUUUUGUUUUAUUCCCGAGUAUUGGUACGUAAUUACAGGGGACGUCCUGGUGGGAGUUAUGAUAUUGGUUGAGGAGUGUUUCCGAUUCCACUUAUCUACCCCUUUUGUCUGGAAAUGUGGUAUUCCCGAAGUUUGUUGCACAACUUGACCAAAAAGUGACUAGAACAAAACAAGUAUCAUCAACAUCGGUUGUGAAAUUUGGCCUGGGUAUCAUAUAAAAAAUUUUGUCACACGCAUACAUAUUUAUACACCUAUGACUUUUUUCACGGAUUCGGUUUUAGAAUGGUCUGAAACGGAUAAACGGAUUUGUAUUAAUUUUUUUUUCUUCUCA